AUCACUCCCUGUCGCCUUUCAUACACCUCUGCUCCAGACAAGAUGUCAAUUGGCGCAGGACCUGGCGGGGGAGACAACAACCCGAUUAACCGGUAUGUCCAGCAGGACAAGGUUCCGUGGUACAAGAAGCGCAAUCUGCGCAUGUUGUACAUUCUCAUGUUCCCGACGUGCAUCGGGAUCGAAAUGACAAGCGGAUUCGAUUCGUCAAUGAUGAACGGCUUGCAAGCGGUGCCGACCUGGGAUGCUUUCUUCGGACAUCCAAGAUCCACAAUCCUCGGUCUCCUCUCCGCUCUCUACUCCCUCGGCUCGAUAUGCUCCCUCCCCUUCGUUCCUUUCGUGACGGACCGUUUCGGGCGGCGAUUUGCGAUCAUUUUCGGUAGCGUCAUCAUGGUCAUCGGCGCUGCCCUUCAGACAGCAUCGCAGGAUUUCGCAAUGUUCGUCAUCGCGCGGUUCCUGCUAGGAUUCGGUAUCCCAUUCGCGAUCGUCGCAGCUUCGUCUAUGAUCGGUGAGCUUGCGUACCCGAAGGAGCGCGCACGCAUGGGAUCGUUGUUCAACGCAUCAUGGUUCAUCGGCGCUAUCGUUGCGGCCGGAACGACGCUUGGCACGUUCCAAAUGCCAACUAACUGGGGCUGGCGUAUCCCAUCCUUGCUGCAGGUCAUUCCAAGUACCUUGCAGCUCAUCUUCAUCUGGUUCUUGCCCGAGUCGCCUAGGUGGCUGGUUUCGAAAGGCCGCGGUGAAGAGGCGUACGCGAUCCUCACCAAGUACCACGCUGAGGGCGACAUCAACUCGGAGUUCGUGCGUCUCGAGUACGCCGAAAUCGAGACGACGCUCGAGCUCGAGAAGGAACAGGCCAAGGGCGGGUGGAAGGAGCUCGUCGCGACGCCGGGAAUGCGCAAGCGGCUCCUCAUCUGCUCGUUCCUCGGCCUCGCAACGCAAUGGUCCGGGAACGGUCUUACCUCGUACUUCCUGGCGCGCAUCCUCGACAAUGUCGGCAUCCACGACGACCGCACGAAGAACCUCAUCAACCUUGCGAUGACGUGCUGGGGCUUCGUGAACGGCACGACGCUCGCGCUCACGGUGACGAAGAUGCCACGUCGCGCCGCGUACCUCACAUGUACGAUCGUGCUUACACUCAUCUUCACCGGAUGGACGGUCGCGAGUGCACAAUACUCCAUCACUGGCAGCCAGGCAGCGUCGCGUGCUGUGAUUGCCUUCAUCUUCCUCUACAGUCCAGCGUACAACAUGGGAUUCAACGCUCUUACUUACACGUACCUGGUCGAGCUUUUCCCCUACCACGCUCGUGCCAAGGGUAUCGCUGUCUUCCAGUGGUGGGGCCGUGCGGCGGGCUUCUUCAACCAGUUCGUCAACCCAAUCGGGAUUGCGAAUGCCGGCUGGAAGUACUACAUCUCCUACUGCAUCUUCUUGCUCUUCGAAGUCAUCUUCGUCUGGUUCCUCUUCCCCGAGACGUCGAAUCGCACACUCGAGGAGCUCGCCUUCUUGUUCGAGGGCGACAAAAUUCGCGAGGAGCAGCAAAAGCGCAUCGAGGAGGAGGUGCACGAGAACAGGGCGCCUGUCUCCGACGGUGCCAGUGACAAGGAGAGUGCUCGGCAUAUGGAGCACAUUGGCAAGAUUUGAAUCACACGACGUGCACGACAUUCACGACCUACGCUUACAACGCAACGCGAUGUAUCAUAAACUUCUUGCAUGCUUAUCGAUUCCCUCACGCAG